UCUCUCUCUCUCUUUACAGUGUACUCUCACUCCCUUUUAAGGGUUCGCCGUUCCUCCGCCCACUGCCUAUUUCUUUCAUUUGAGCACGCAUCCUUCGGAUUUAUUUCUCUUUCUCUCUCAUUCUGUAUCUCUCCCGUAGUUGAUACUGCAAACGGUUUCUCAGUGGUCAGCUGGAUUUCGCUUCUGUUUGCAGGGCUUUGAUUCUUGAGAGACAAUGGCCAUGAAAGGCUUCAUGGAGCCGAUGGGAGCCGACUUAGUUUGCGAAGAUCCUUUCGACUCCAUUGAUGAUCUGCUCGAUUUUCCCAAUGAUGACGAUGGGCUCCCAAUGGUGGAUUCUUGGGGCAACUGUGCUCCUCUAGCCCCGCCGGAGCCAGCUCCGGCGAUCAUCGCCUCCAAAAACAGCGGUGAAAUUAGUGUCGGCAGUGCUGCUGGAGUGGCUGACGGCCGCACCGCCGCCAACGCUGCCGCCGGUUCCGGCGAUGGUAUUAGCUCCGAUAAUGAUGCACUGGGUCUGUACAACGAUAUGGACAUUGCGAACCUGGAAUGGCUCUCCAAUUUCUUCGAAGACUCCGAAUUAUUCAACUUCGAUUGCAUCCCUAACUCUACUCCUUCCACACCAGACCUCAAACCAGAACACAAAUCCCCUUCUCUUUCCCGUUCGUCGAGCCCGAUCUCCGUCCUCCUCCCCACCUCCUCCUCCUCAUCCUCGUCGUCCUCUUCCUCCUCCUCCUCCAACUUCAUCACCGACACCAGCCCGCCGCCACCUCCUCCUCCCCCUCCCACCUCCGUCCCCGCUCGAGCCCGAACCAAACGCCCUCGUCUCCCAUCCUUCUCCGCUCUCACAUUCAUUCCCCCUUCGUCCAGCAUCAACACUUUUUCCCCUGUUUUGAUCAAGAGGAUGAAGAAGGAAGACGAAUAUGUUCCAUCGGUCAGGAAAUGCACACACUGCGAUAUACAGAAGACGCCUCAAUGGCGGGCGGGCCCAAUGGGACCAAAGACUCUCUGUAACGCCUGCGGUGUCCGGUAUAAAUCUGGCCGAUUGUUUCCCGAGUAUCGGCCGGCGGCGAGCCCCACUUUUGUGCCGGCGGUUCACUCGAAUUCGCAUAAGAAGGUGGUGGAGAUGCGGUUGAGAGGCUUGGAGAUGGUGGGGAACAAUGGUGGAAAGGAGGUUACCGUGGCAGCGAAAAAUUGUGACCUACUUCAGUAUAUUAGGAGGCGAGAAUGAUGCUCUACUCAAAUUGUGGUUAAUAGAUCACGGGUUGAAUUGGGUCAGAGCUUGGAAAAAAUAUUAUGUGCCAUAAAGAUAUGAUCGAAUUUGAUGGUAUUGUGAUGAUAUUAUGGUGAAAUAUCAUCCAAUAUCAUCAGAUACCAUCAAUUCAUAUGUGCAGAUUCCGCAUGUAAUACUCGCUUCUCGGCCUGAUUGGUCGGAGAAACACGAAUCUUGGUGGUUUUGGGAAAAAAAAAAUUGUUUACGAAUAUUCCGAUCAAAAAUAAAUUUGAUGGGUCUCAAAGUAUUUUAAAUUUAUUUUAAGAUUAAUAUCAUAUUAAUCUCAAAACAGAUUUAAAAUAACUGAGAUUCUUCCUCAUCAAUUUUUUUAUUUGAUUAAAUACUCGGAUCCAAUUUUUUUGUUCUUCUCUAUAUUAUUGAGUGCUUUAUUAUAGUUUACUUUAGUUCCUGAAGUUUUGUACAGAGAGAAGAA